CGGGGAAAUUGAGUUGGGCGUACAGGCAUGUCCGUGGAGUAUCAUAAUGUUGAGCUUCGUAUGUUUGAUGAGGCUCAAUUCACUUGUCGGACACUUGGAACUGGGUUGACAGUCGAAUUACGAAACUCCAAAGUCAUUUCCUUUCGUAGGCAUAAUGAAACUGUUAAGGAAAUCCAUGUUUCUUCCUUGGCUAACAUAUAUCGUUUCUCACAGAAAACAGUGGCAAUUUGUACGAAAAAAUGUGUUGGGGAUGCUGUCUUCACUACGUAUUUGUUAGCAUUCGAUUCUCCUGGAGAUGUCCGUAGUUUUUUAAAUUCUGCCGAUAUAUUAAAACCACGUUGUGAGGAAAACAAAAAGGAGGUCUGCGCUUCCAUUUUUGAUAGGCGUACUGAUUCAUGGUCUGCAGUACAAUAUUUCCAGUUUUAUAGUUACAUCAGUCAGCAGCAAAAUAUGAUGCAGGAUUAUAUCCGCACUUCAACCUAUCAAAGAGCUAUCCUCGCUAAUGCUUCCGUUGAUUUUCGUGGGAAAGUGGUAUUGGAUGUUGGAGCAGGUUCAGGAAUUCUAAGCUUCUUUGCAAUUCAAGCAGGUGCAACAAGGGUUUAUGCCGUGGAAGCAUCGAAUAUGGCUACGCAUUGUAAUAGUCUGGUUCAAGCAAAUAAAUUAGCUGGACGUAUUGUUGUCAUCAGUGGGAAAAUAGAAGAAAUCACUUUACCCGAACCGGUGGAUGUUAUUAUAUCUGAACCAAUGGGUUAUAUGUUAUACAACGAACGAAUGUUAGAAUCGUAUGUGCAUGCAAGAAAAUUUCUAGCUCCACAUCUUCGACAACCAAUAAAAAAGAAACGGAACAGACGUGAACGACUUAGCGAAGAUGAUCAAUCACCAUAUGUUAAACACUUAUCCGAUUCUGAUCAUUCUGAUGAAGUAUUAACUGAUGAUUUGGACUGUGAAGAUAUUGACAUAGAAGAUCAGGUGCAAGAUGGAUCGGUAAAAUUAUCAAAUAAAUCAUUACCAUGUCCUGGAACAAUGUUUCCAUCUGUAGCAAAUUUGUAUAUUGUUCCAUUCAGUGAUGAAGCACUCUUUGCUGAACAGUAUGGAAAAGCUAAUUUUUGGUAUCAACAGAGUUUUCAUGGUAUGGAUUUAACUGCACUACGUAAUGCUGCCGUUACAGAAUAUUUUAAUCAACCUAUAGUUGAUACAUUUGAUAUUGGCAUUUGUCCAGCAUUACCAUGUAUACACAAAGUUGAUUUUCGUACUGUAUCCGAAUCGGAAUUAAGUUCCAUUGAUAUUUCGUUACAUUAUCAAAUUACAACUUGUUCUACAAUUCACGGUUUGGCAUUUUGGUUUGAUGUUGGCUUUUUGGGUUCUCAACGAGAUGUUUGGUUGUCAACUGCACCAACUGAACCACUUACUCAUUGGUAUCAGGUUCGUUGUCUUUUGGGAACACCAUUAUUUGUUCAAGAAGGUCAAUCACUCAAUGGACGUGUUCUUAUGCAUGCUAAUUCUCGACAAUCGUAUGAUGUUCAAAUUGAAUUGAUAGUACCUGGUAGUGAAACAAAGAUUGUGAAUAAUUUAGAUUUGAAAAAUCCACACUUUCGUUAUAAUGGUUAUCCUCCAGCACCACCGCCUGGUUCACAUGUACGUUCACCAACGGAGACAUACUAUGCCAAUCUAUGCGCUCAACAACAACAACAACAGCAACAACAAAUGGAGUUACAAUCACAAACGAUGCUCAGUAAUGGUAAUCCAUUGUCAUUGGCUGCGGCGGCGGCAGCAGCUGCUGCAGUUGUCGGUGGUGGUACUGGUAACAAUCAUACUAAUAAUAACAACAACAAUGGACAAAUCAAUUAUCGAAAUACUAAUUCAAUGUAUAAUACAAUAAAUCAAACAACCGGAUUUCUUGCUGCCACUGGUUCAUUGUCGAAUACUAUUCAAACAACAAUCCCGGUGGGUGCGGUUGCGGCAGCAGCCACAGUUAUGAAUGAUAAUUUGUCACCGAAUCCAUCGCAUACUAUGCAAUUAUCUCCUCAACCACCGAUUAAUAAUCAACAAUCUUCAUUGGAAUUUAGUCGUUUUCUAACAUCAACGAAUCAUUCACAAAUUGCUUCUUCUGUAUUCAGAUCAGUAAACAUUCCUUUGGCUAAUAAUAAUAAUUCUAUGAUUGAACCAUUGACUAAUGUUACUGGUGGUGUUGGUAUUCAUGCCAAUGAAUCGGCAAUUUAUUACAAUUCUGUUAUUAGUCCAAAUUUUGGUGAUCCAUGUUUUACAAUGAACAGUGUAGUGAAUCCUAUUAAAAAUUGGAAUUCAGGGAUACCACACGAGUAAAUAAUGACGAAUUCAAUCGGUUGUUGUUGUUGUUUAUCAAUCAUCAACUUAUCAAAAUUGGAUGCCACUGAAUGACUACUGUGGGUUGUUUUUUUUAAAACUGAUCAAUGUAUGUAUGUAUGUAAGGAAAUUACUUUUUAUUACACAAUCGUGUUCUAUGUAUGUGUGUUUGUGUGUGUCUGUGUGUGUGUACUUGUGUGUACACAGCGAUGACAAAACAAGACAAUGAAAGAUUCUCUUUUGUUUAUCUCUCUCUCUCUCUCGCUUGCUCGUAUCAUAUU